AUGCGGACGAUAGAGACAACGGGAAAAACGCCCGAAGAGGCAAUAGAAACCGCUCUAGACCAACUAGGCGCAGGUCGCGAAGAGGUAUCAAUAGACGUCGUUAAUCAGGGCAAGGGAGGAUUGCUUGGCAUCGGCAGCGAGCCGGCCAUUGUCCGCGUUACGCUACUCGAAUCCGAAGACAAAACUGCGGAAGACAAUGAGCCCGAUGACGAGGCUCAGCCCGACGCUUUAGCAGAGUUUGCCGCCUUCGCAGACGACCCGGACGACGACAUGGAAGACAUUGAGGACCACGAAGAAGAAGGGGAGACAUCCGAAGUCGUCAGAGUCGGCUACGAUGUUCUGAGCACCCUCCUCGGCAAAAUGGGUGUUACCGCGGAUGUGUAUCUCAGGGAUCCGUACACCGGAGAUGAAGAAGGUCCCGUGUUCGAGGUUGAAGGGGAAGAUUCCGGACUCCUGAUCGGCACUCGUGGCGAGACUCUUCGCGCCUUGCAGUUCAUUGUCAGUCUUCCUCGUGAGCCGCAGAAUGGGCGAGCGUACUAA